AUGGCGGGCGCACGAGGAAGGUCGCGAAAGCCCGCGGAAACGGCUACUCCAAGGCGAUCGACACGGAGCGCAAAGAAGGCACAGGAGGACGAGGGCGUGCCAGCCGUCUUCCAGGAAAUGCUGCGCCAAGAGCAGACGUCAAAACCCACCAGCGCAGACGAGAAGGAACCCCCGCUCAAGAAAAGGAAGACGGCGCCUCCACGAAGAGAAAAAAGCCCUGAGCACCACACUGAGUCAGUACGACAGCGGGGACUGGCUACCGGUGCUCCCGACUCAUCAUCUCCUGCGCCAUCACGCUCCCAGAUACCGUCGCACACGCCAUCGCGGCCCACUGCUCCAGCCCAAUCCACCAUCAGUGAAGAAGCACACAUAAGCGAACGAGUGCGACAGACCAUCAUCGACUCGGACGAGUCAGAUGACAGUGACAUGGAGUGGGAAGACGCGCUUGCUGACGGCGACGAUACCGACGACCCUGACGAAGGCGUUGAAGCUGCGCCCCAGAUUGGCGACAUAUCUAUCACCAUGGGAGUCAAAAAGCCAGAGGACACGGGGACCAGGAGAAAGGCACGCCGGCGGGCGAUAACAUCAGUCGAAAAGAAGCGACGCGUCGAUAUACAUAAGAUGCACAUUCUUUGUCUGCUCUACCACGUCCAUCGCAGAAAUGCCUGGUGUAACGACAGGAGAGUGCAGAGCACACUACGCAAGAUUGUGCCUUCCAAAACCUUGUCUAACCUGGUACCGAAUCCCGACCUGUCACAGUACUCGGCCUCGAAACACUUCAUAGAUGGCAUGAACGAGCUCAAGGUGCUGUGGUCGAAGCGGUUCAGAAUCACGGCCCAAGGCAUGUACAAGCCUAGAUGGGCCGAAGCCGAAGCUGCUAUCCGGCCGUUCUCAGACUUUGACGACCUUGAUGACCCGAUGGACAAGGACGAGUUUCGCACAGCGGCACACACUUUGCAGGGCUCACAGGAUGUAGGGGUGCAGUUGUUUUGUGCCCUUCUCCGCGGCAUUGGCAUUGAGGUUAGGCUUGUAUGCUCGUUACAGCCGCUGCCUUUUUCUUCUGCGGCCGAGCGAGCGACGCCGCAAAAGCCGAGCGCUCAGAAGAACACCAUAGUCAUCGACCCGUACAACAAGCCGGCAGACCCAAGCCCGACGAAGCCCAAGUCGCAAGGUCCGCGUAACAAGAAGCUCUCGAGACUUGAACGUGUGAUGGGGGAGCGACAUGCCGUCCUCAAUAAAACAGGUGUGACGCCUAAGAAGCAGAAAGCCUACCAUACGCCAUAUCCAGUGUACUGGGUCGAAGUGCUUAACCCUUCCUACCAGAAGUGGGUACCGAUCGAUACGCACUCAACGUUUACUGUCAACUCGCCUGAGAAGCUAGAGCCGCCCCUGAGCUUUACUCAAAACAGUCUUUCCUAUGCGAUAGCGUUUGAUGAAGACUAUACCGCCAAGGACGUCACACGCAGAUACGCGAAAGCGUACAAUGCCAAGACGCGGAAGUACCGCGUCGAAAGUACUCCUGAUGGAAACAGAUGGUGGCGACGUACGAUGAGCUUCUUCGAGCGUAGGACCACUCUUGACAGAGAUCAAAUGGAAGACGCGACUUUGGCGCGCAAGGAAGCAGCGGAAGGCAUUCCGAAGAACGUGCAAGAUUUCAGAGGACAUCCAGUCUAUGUUCUCGAGCGACACCUCAAGCAUAAUGAGGUGAUACACCCCCUGAACGUGGUCGGCAAAGUCAACUGUGGCAGCGCUAUGAAUCCUAAGAUGGAGCCUAUCUACCGUCGUACAAACGUACACUUGGUCCGGACAGCGGAUAAAUGGUAUCGCAUGGGUCGAGACGUGAAAGUUGGCGAACAGCCACUCAAGCGUGCGAAGCCUAAGAAAGGAAGGAGAUCUUCAAUCGGCGCAGACAUGGAUGUCGACGAAGAAGCUGAUGAGGUUGGCGCUGGUCUCUUCGCAGAGUUCCAGACCGAGCUCUAUGUCCCUCCCCCAGUUGUCCGAGGUCGUGUGCCGCGCAAUGCCUACGGGAACCUUGACCUCUACGUGCCAUCCAUGUGUCCACCCGGCGGUACGCAUAUCCGACAUAAGCUCGCGUCGAAAGCAGCGCGUAUCGUCUGUGUAGACUUUGCAGAUGCAGUGACUGGCUUUUCCUUCAAGGGUCGCCAUGGUACUGCAAUUAUCCAAGGUGUUGUAGUCGCACAAGAGUAUGCAGAUGCUGUGCAAGCGGCCAUUGACGGCAUGGAGCACCAGCAGGAAGAAUCCGAAGCCGAAGCGCGCAGGACUGAAUCCCUACGGCUUUGGCGACGCUUCUUCCUCGGUCUACGUAUUGCACAACGGGUCAAUGCCAUUGAGAUUGAUGGCGAAAGAGGCCCGGCUAUCGACGUGCAAGAGGAGAUCAGCAAAGAAGACAAAGAGCUGGCAGCACAGGAGAUGGCAGGAGGCUUCUUCCCUGACGAAGGAGAUAUUGCCGAGCCGUCAGCUCGUGGCUACCAACCACCAGAGCAGGAUUACGGGGACGGCGGGUUCCUGCCGGACAAUGAUGGUGGUGAUGAUGACGGCGGUGGUUUCAUACCAGAUGAGAGCGAUCGUGCAGCACCCAUCAGUCUAAAUCGACAUCAAAGCUUUGAAAGCUCAAUCCUAGACUCACAACAAUUGCUCCCUCGGCGUAGAAGUAGCUUUGGACAGAUCUACUCUUCCGAGGAUGAAGAAGGCGGAGGCUUCGUCCGUGAUGGCUCAGAUGAGGCUGGCCCGUCUGGAAAUGCUGUCAAGUCGGAGGGGGGAACUGCACCGCUUGACGGCCCUGCAGAUGACGCAGGAGGUUUCAUACCCGAAGAAGCGCCAGUCACGAAUGGAACAAGCGCAGAAGAACAAGCAGAGAAGAUGUCUGCGGAGCGGGAUGGGGACUCCGAGCUCGUAUCAGACCCCAAAACCGACGCCGAAAUGCCCUCUCCACCCUCCUCGUCCCCGUCAGAGACCGGUUCGCUCAUGAUGGAAGACCCCGAAGACGAAGACGCAGAUCCCGACUGGCUGGUCGAUGCUACGUAA